CUAGCGUUGCCUGGUUAAAGGUAGAGAACUUGGGGGAGGGCAGAGCUUGGGGUCAGAGGGUCUAGAGCCUGCAAAGGGUGGGGAGUUGAGGGCCUGUGAGAGGCCAAUGGGCCAACUAUUCAUGUUGUAUCAAGCUGUAUUUCUAGGAGGUAGGGGGCAAAUGGAGUGAGUAAGCACAAAGGUGCUAUAAUGGCAGCAGUAGCCUGUGAAGGGCUGAAAUUCUUCCAAAGUACUUCCUGAAGAAUGAAGGUGAUAUGGGAAAGCUAAGGAGACCAAACUGAAGUCCUUCACUAGGGAAGAUCUCAGAAUGGAUAACUGCAAACUACUUCUUAUUCUUCUCUUCGCAGCUGCCUUCUGUUUCACUGAUGCACAGACAACUGCUUGCAGAAAAGCCACCUCAGCGGAUAUUGUAUUUUUAGUGGAAACUUCAUCAAGAAUUGGCCAGGAAAACUUUCAGAAGAUGAAGGACUUCCUCUACACUUUGGUUUCAAGCCUUGAAGUUGGUAAUGAUCAGGUCAGAGUUGGAUUGGCACAGUACAGCCGUGAGCCAUACAAAGUGUUCUUGCUGAAUCAAUAUUCAUUGAAAAGUGAUAUUUUAGAACAGAUAAAGAAUUUGCCCAAUAGAAGUGGAGGAACUUACACCGGAACAGCUCUGGAUUUCAUUAGGACAGAAUAUUUCACUAGAGCUGCUGGUAGCAGAGCUGAGGAAAAUGUCCCUCAGGUGGUCAUACUGGUUUCUGUUGGGGAAUCUAAUGAUGAGGUCAGAACACAAGCCAAGGAGCUGAAAGUCAGAGGCAUCUCUUUGUAUGUGGUUGGAAUAAAUGACCGGGAUCCUACUGAGCUUAAGAAAAUUUCCAGCAGGCCUUUCAAGAAGUUUCUGUUUCGUACUGACAGUUUUGAUGGACUUCAAGAUCUCUCCACUAGCCUUUUGCAAACAAUGUGCUUUGCAAUUGAGAGCCAGAUUCAAGCAUUUACAAAGCACUAUGGAGAUGUUGUUUUCCUUGUUGAUUCUUCUGUGCACAUGGGAUCUUCCACCUUUGAGCAAGUAAAACAGUUCGCCUACCACGUUGUUGAGCAGCUAGACAUUGGGAUGGAUAAAUUCAGGAUUGGCCUGGCCCAAUAUAGCACAGAAAGCCAGGGAGAGUUUUUUCUGAACACCUAUGCAAACAAGGAAGAUGUGCUUAACCAUAUCCAGGAGUAUGUUGCUUUCAUGGGGGGCCCUUUACAGACAGGAAGUUCCCUGAAGUUUCUAUGUGAAGCUUUUUUCACAGAAGAUGCUGGAAGCCGGUUUAGCCAAGGCACUCCUCAGUUUGCAGUGGUCAUCACAUCUGCUAAAUCAGAAGAUGAAGUGCUGGAAAGUGCCCUGAAGCUGAAAGAGAUGGGAGUGAAGGUCAUCUCAAUUGGUGUCCAGAAUUCUGACAGGCAAGAAAUGGAGGUGAUUGCCACCUCCCCCUGGGUUUACCAGGUAGAUGAAGGAGACAGCAUCAGUCAGCUGCAUCAGGACAUUAUUAACAUUUUGGAACCACCAGUUCAGCAACACCAUGAAAUUAUGAAGAUGCCAGAAGUGUGUGCCACUGUAUCCAUAGCAGAUAUUGUGUUCCUUGUGGAUGAAUCCAGCAGCAUCGGACUGAGGAAUUUUAAGCUGAUAAGAGACUUUCUGUUCACAAUUAUCAAUGCACUGCAUAUCAGCCCCAAUAAUGUAAGAGUUGGCUUGGUGCUAUACAGUGAUGAACCAAGACUGGAAUUCACUCUGGACACAUUUGAGAACAAAUUGGAAAUCUUGCACUACUUGCAGAAGUUGCCCUAUCGUGGUGGGAAAACAUACACUGGUGCUGCGCUAGAUUUCCUGAGGAAAGAUGUUUUUACUCGAAAAGCAGGUAGCAGGAAAAAACAAGGAGUGCAGCAGAUAGCUGUGGUUAUCACUGGUGGCCAAUCCUUGGAUGAUUUCACCAAGUCGGCUACUAAACUACGACGCAGUGGAGUUGAUAUCUACGUCGUGGGUACCCAGAAUGCCUUUGAGAGUAGCCAGCUGAACAAAAUUGCAUCUUACCCCACAAGGAAACAUGUUGCCAACCUAGAAUCUUUUUUGCAGUUAUCAAACAUUGGGAGGAAAAUUAAGAAAUGGAUUUGUAGUGAAAUGAUGGUACAAAGUUUUGCGAUCCCAGUUCAAACACGAAUGAUGAAAAAAGGUUGUGUUGAGAUUGAGGAAGCUGAUAUUUAUUUCUUGAUUGAUGGCUCUGGCAGCAUAAUGCCCAACGAUUUCCAGGACAUGAAAACAUUCAUGAAUGAGAUGAUUGACGUUUUCCAGGUCGGUGCAGACAGAGUUUGCUUUGGUGUGGUUCAGUACGAAAGCAUUCCCAGGACACAAUUUGAGAUUGGUCAAUAUAACACAAUGGUGCAGUUAAAGGCAGCAGUGAGAGUUAUUCAACAGAUGGGCGGUGGCACCAAAACUGGAGAUGCAUUAAGAUAUAUGAAAAGUCUUUUUGCAAAGGCUAGCAGGACCAAUGUUCCCCAGAUUCUGAUAGUUAUUACAGAUGGUAAGUCCCAAGAUGAAGUGACAAGGGCAGCAGAAGAGUUGAGACAAGAAGGAAUUAUUAUAUACGCUAUUGGUAUCAAGCAGGCGGUCCAAGAGGAGCUGAAGGACAUAGCAAGAUCAGAAGAUCGAAUGUUCUUUGUGAAUGAUUUUGAUUCCCUAAAGCACAUCAAGCAUGACAUUGUGCAUGACAUUUGCUCAUCAAAGGCCUGUGAGAAUGUAAAAGCCGACAUUAUUUUCCUGGUUGAUGGCUCGGAGAGUAUCCACCCUGUUGAUUUUCAGAAGAUGAAGAAUUUUAUACAGUUGAUUGUGAACAGGUCUGAUAUUGGUACUGAUAAAGUUCGGAUUGGGUUGCUGCAGUUCAGCUCACAGGCAAAAGAAGAGUUCCAGCUGAACAGCUACAGCACCAAGCCUGGUCUACGGAGAGCUAUUUCAGAAAUCAGGCAGCUAAGAUCAGGAACACUGACUGGGAAAGCCCUUGCUUUUGCCUCAUCUUACUUUGACAAAUCCAAAGGGGGAAGACCUGAAAUAAAACAGUAUCUAAUAAUGAUCACAGAUGGGGAGGCCCAAGAUUCUGUGGGUGAGCCUGCUAAAAUGAUUAGAGACAAAGGCAUUACUGUCUAUGCCAUCGGUGUACUCCAGGCCAAUGAGACUCAGCUUGUAGAGAUUUCUGGCACACCAGGAAAAGUGCUCUUUGAGGACAACUUUGAUUCCCUCAUCUUUUUGGAAAAACAGAUUCUUUCUGAAAUUUGCAAGCCAGAGGAUUUGUGCAAAAGGACAGAAGUUGCAGACAUCAUAUUUGUAAUACAUGGAUCGUCAAGCAUUACAGACUUGCAGUUCAAGAGUGUGCAGCAACUCAUGAUGGCUUUGGUAAAUGACUCAGUGGUUGGAAAAAACAAUGUUCAGUUUGGGGCUGUGGUCUAUAGCGUUAAUUCUAAGGAGCGUUUCUCACUGAAUGAGUACUCCACUAAAUUGGAUGUCAGAGAAGCAAUAUUUAAUUUGAGACCCUUACCAGAACAAGGACUUCAGAUCUUUACAGCAAGGGCUUUGAACUUUACCAGGGAAAGAUUUGGUGUGGCUUAUGGUGGUCGCGCAUCAUCUCGUGGUCUCUCUCAAAUCCUUGUGCUUAUUACUGAUCGGCCAACUGCACCUUCAGAUAGCUACAAUCUUGCAGCAGUGGCAAAAUCUUUGAAGCUGGAUGGCAUCAACAUCUUUGCUGUUGGAGUGGACCGAGCAAGUCGAACUGAACUCGAACAGAUUGUAGGAGAACGGGAGAGGGUGUUAUUUGCACUGAGCUACAGUGAUUUGGAAAGUUUACAUGGAAACCUUGCUCAUAAGAUAUGUGACAAAUCAAGGCCAGUUUGUGAAAAUCAAGCAGCAGACGUUGUGUUCUUGAUUGACGGGUCAGAAAGCAUAUCUUCCAAAAACUUUUCUACCAUGAAGUCCUUCAUGAAGGAAAUAGUAAGCCGUUUUCACAUUGCUGAGAACAAAGCACGGGUUGGAGUUGUCCAAUAUAGUGAAGAUCCUCAGAAAGAAUUUUAUCUCAAUGAAUUUUACUCAGAGACUGCCAUAAAAGAACAGAUUGAUAGCAUUCGCCAGUUUAAAUCAUCCACCUUCACUGGCAAAGGACUGAGGUUUGUCAAGAGGCUUUUUGAGCCUGCCAACGGUGGCCGUAAAAACCAAAAUAUUCCACAGACCCUCAUUGUGAUUACUGAUGGAUAUUCUAGCGAUCCAGUGAGUGAAGCAGCAUUGGCUCUUAGGAAUGAUGGAAUAUACGUCUUUGCAGUCGGCAUUGGAAUUCUAAGAGCAACCGAACUGCUUCAAAUUGCUGGUAAUGUACAAAGGGUGUUUUUGGUGGAAAAUUUUGCCCGUCUGGAACGCAUAGAGAGGACGAUUGUCAAGGAGGUCUGUGACAGUAGCGAUCGUCCGAGCCAGGAUUGCAACAUAGAUGUUUCAGUGGGAAUUGAUGUUUCAGGACCUGUGAGACCUACACCUGCACUGCACUUGAAAAAGCAACUGCAAACUGAUCUGCCCAGAUUUCUGCAACAGGUGGAGUCCUUGACUAAUGUCUGCUGCACUUCUGAGUCUCAGCUCAACAUCAGGUUCAAGUACCAAGUGUUUGGGCCAACUGGCCUACCCCUAUUUGACUCUAAUUUUGAAAAGUAUAAUGAAGAGAUAAUCCAAAAGUUCUUAGCUGCACAGAUCACUGUGGACACAUACCUGAAUGCACGCUUCUUACAGUUACUUUGGGAGGACUCCUUUGAAGUGGCCUCAGCUAAUGUGAAGGUUCUUUUAGUGUUUACAGAUGGGCUGGAUGAUCCUGUAGAAAUACUCAGAAUAGCAGCAGAUUCCCUUCUCCUCAAAGGCCUUGAUGCACUUCUAAUGGUUGGCUUGGACAACAUGCCAAAUCUGAGCGACCUACAGGAAAUAGAAUUUGGCAGAGGACUUGGCAAUAAGCACCCCCUGAGCAUUAGAUUUUCAGACCAUCCAGGACUCUUGCAAAGAGAACUCGAAAAUGUUGCUGAAAGAAAGUGCUGUCAUGUUGCUUGUAAAUGUUAUGGAGAAAUUGGUUUUCAUGGUAUCUAUGGAAAUCCUGGAAAGAAGGGAAUUCCAGGUUUCAGGGGAUCCCCUGGACAUCCUGGUGAGGAAGGUGGAAUUGGAGAAAGAGGUCCUAGGGGUAUCAACGGAACUCACGGAGACAAAGGAUGCCCAGGUGUUAGAGGUCUGAAGGGAGCAAGAGGCUAUCGAGGAAGCCAGGGUGAGAGAGGUAUUGAUGGCAUUGAUGGCAUCGAUGGAGAGAAGGGAGAACAAGGGUCUCCUGGACCGUCUGGAGAAAAGGGCAGCACAGGGAGACGGGGUGGAAAAGGCCCCAGAGGAGAAUCAGGGGAGCGUGGAGAGCCUGGCCUAAGAGGAGACCACGGGGAUUCUGGAACUGACAAUUAUAUUCGUGGCCAUAAGGGUGAAAAAGGAAAACCUGGGCAGCAGGGAGAACCAGGAACAGAUGGAGUACAAGGAGGGCUGGGACCAAAGGGCUCUGAUGGUGAAAGAGGUCGAAGAGGUGCUCAAGGCUUACAGGGUAUACAAGGAGAUUUGGGGGAAGAAGGUAGCCCAGGCAUCUCUGGACCACAAGGCCCACAGGGCUCAAGAGGUCCAGGAGGCAUCAGUGGACUUCGAGGAACACAAGGCAUACCAGGCUGUCGUGGUAAUCCAGGACCCCCUGGGGAAUCUGGCUCUAUUGGGAAUCCAGGACCUAGAGGACGAAAGGGUGAACCUGGAGCUCCUGGAGAGAAGGGCUUAUUGGGACCCCCUGGAUCAAGGGGCCUGCCUGGCCUAGAUGGCAAUGAUGGCCUUGGUUUUCAAGGGGAAAAAGGAACAAAGGGAGUUACUGGAUUCCCAGGAUUGCCUGGUUCACAGGGAGAAGAAGGUAAUCCAGGCAGUCCAGGAAAUAAAGGGUCCAAAGGAGUUAGAGGAAGAAGGGGCAAUGCUGGCAUUCAAGGUCCAAUGGGAAAUCCAGGGGAACGAGGCCCACCAGGACCAAUGGGCACCAGAGGACCAUUGGGCAUUGCAGCUGUGGCACCUUGUGAACUUGUCAAUUUUACACGAGAAAAUUGCCCUUGCUCAUCAGAUAAAAGCAAAUGUCCAGUGUAUCCAACUGAAGUGGUGUUUGCCUUUGAUAUGUCUGAAGAUGUGACCCAAGUAGCAUUUGCAAAGAUGAGGCAUGUCGUGCUGUCAUUGCUAAAGAAGAUUAGGAUCAGUGAAAGUAACUGCCCGACUGGUGCUCGUGUUUCCAUUGUUUCAUACAAUACCAACACGCAGUAUCUCAUCAGAUUCUCCGAAUUCCGGAACCAUAAGUUAUUGCUAGAAGCAGUACAGAGCAUUCCUUUGGAGAGGUCCUCAGGCAGACGCAACAUUGGCAUGGCCAUGAGGUUUGUUGCAAGGAAUGUGUUCAAGCGGAUUCGUCAGGGAGUUCUCACAAGGAGAGUCGCCAUAUUUUUUGCCAAUGGCCCCUCACAGGAUGCUGCUUCCAUCAACACGGCCGUACUGGAGUUCAGUGCCCUGGAUAUUGUUCCUGUGGUUAUUGCCUUCAAUGAGGUGCCUAAUGUCAGACAUGCCUUUUCGAAUGAUGACACUGGAAGAUUUCAGCUGUUUGUUUGGGAAAAUCAACAAAAUGAACACUUGGAGAGAAUUGAGUAUUGUGCACUUUGCUAUGAUAAAUGUAAACCAGAUAUAAACUGUGAGGUUCCUUUCCCCCCUCCUGUCAUGGUGAACAUGGACAUUGCUUAUAUCAUGGACAGUUCUCGCCACAUUGCCAGUGAAGAAUUUGAGACAGCCAAAGACUUUGUGAGCACUAUGAUAGAUCACUUCAUUAUCGCCCCACAGCCUUCUCUAGCAGGAGCUAGAGUAGCUCUGGUACAGCAGGCUCCAAGAGACUUUACACCCAGCAGUGGUAGACAGCCAGUGAACCCAGAGUUUGAUCUAGUCACGUACAGCAGUAAAAACUUGAUGAAGAAGCAUAUCCAAGAAUCUGUUCACCAACUGGAAGGGCCGUCUGCCAUUGGUCAUGCCUUACAGUGGACAGUUGAGAACAUAUUUUUCAAAGCUCCCAGCCCAAAACAAUACAGGGUCAUAUUUACAAUAGUUGGAAGUAAGACGAGUGCCUGGGACAGACAGAAACUGAAAAAGGCUGCACUAGAAGCCAAAUGCCAAGGAUUCAUCAUGUUCACCCUAGCACUUGGAAACAAAGUUAGUGACAGUGAGCUAAUCGAUCUCUCAAGUUCCCCAACAGACCAGCACUUAUUGCAGAUGGGCAGGGUUUUGAAUCUUGAAAUGGCAUAUGCUGAGAAAUUUACUUGGGCCUUCCUAAAUCUACUAAAACGUGAAAUGAACAGUUACCCUACUCCAGAACUACAAGAAGAGUGUGAAAGGCUAGAUCAAGGAGAUGCACAAGAACAAGUAGCUGUUUUUGAAAGCAUACCUUUCCCUCAAUUUGAUGAACUGGACCCUGGCAGGAGUUUGGAAGAAAGAGAGCCAACGGAAACUACAUUAUUAGGAGAAAUUACAGAGACUACUCAGGAACCUGAAAAUGUUAGAGAAAAAGAAUAUGAUUAUGAGGGUGGUGAGUAUUUCACAGAGGGCCAUAAGGAAGAAGGCAAGAGGAAGGAAUAUGAAGGAGGCCAAGAAAACAAUGAAGAAAACUUAGAAGAGACAGUAGGAACAGGAACUGCUCUCACUAACCACGAUGCUUGUGUGGUGGCUCAGGAAACUGGAGAAUGCCAGGAUUAUGUUCUGAAGUGGUACUAUGACAAAGAGCAGAAAACAUGUGGACAGUUCUGGUAUGGUGGCUGUGGAGGCAACAAAAACAGAUUUGAAACCCAAGAGGACUGCGAAGCGCUAUGCGUAGAAUCUUCCUAGAGUGGGAAGGGUCAAACUUCUCCACUUCUUUACCUGUGCUAUAAAAGAGGUACAGUAAAAAUAUUAAAACUUGAUAUUGUUUGAAAACACCAAAAUGUGCACUUUUGAUGCACUAAAGAAAACAAUACCUCAUGCACUUGUACAAAAUUACAUUGGAUGCAAGGUGCUAGUGUUAUAGUAUUUUGGUUCAUUUGUAUGUAUUUAUCCUACUUACAGAAUGGACCAAAAUCAUUUUAGCUUUCAAGAUAUAAAAGGUGCUGUACAUUACUUUGUUCCCGUCUGUAUCUCUGACCAAGUUUUCUGCUGUAUCUUUAUCUUUUCUCACUCAAAACAAAACAAAAAAGCAAA